AUGCAGUCACAGCCUACAAACGCGACCCAAGCCAAAGACAGGCACUACAUGCAAUUGUCGCACAGCCUGACGCGUCUCUCGCAGUCUAUCGGACACACGGCCGAGCUGUGCGCGUCGCUGACGCUCAACCUCGACGCAAUGCGCACUUUGGCUGCCUCGCAUGCUGCACAGUUCAUGACCGUCGCAGCUGAGCUGAACGCUGACCCAGAGGGCACGGACGGUGAGCUGCCGCAUGGCACUCCCCAAGGCGAAUCACAGUGCAUAUAUCCUCACGCGACCAUAGCAGUACCCCCGCCUCCACUGUUCGCUCACCGCUCUUCCUACCAGUGA